AUGUCCACGAAAAGGAUCAAAGGGAUCAGUGUGUCCAGACCUUUUUAUUACGGUAGUAUAGCGUACUCCCUUAACGGCAAAAAAGCGUCUGAAGCCGAACAUACGCAUAGAUGGACAGUGAUGGUCAAAGGACUUAACAAUGAAGAUCUAAGUUAUUAUAUUAAAAAAGUCGUCUUUAAGCUUCAUGAAACUUACCCUAAUCCAUUAAGAACUGUGGAACAUCCUCCCUUUGAAGUCUCGGAGACGGGCUGGGGUGAAUUUGAAAUAAUGAUCAAAAUCCAUUUUCAUGCUGCUGCUAGCGAAAAACCUGUGGUGCUUUACCAUCAUUUACGACUUCACCCUUAUGAAGAUGAUCUCAAUGGUCAAUCUUGGCCGAAAGAUAAACCCGUCAUGAGUUUACUCUAUGAUGAGCUUGUGUUUAAUGAACCUACUGAAGCCUUAUACCAAAUAUUCUCUCAACACAAUGCUCUUCAACCUCAUUUGCCAAACAAGAAAUCUAUGAAAGAUUCAACAGCACCUUUAUUUAGUACGCCAUUGGAACAAGAAGAAGUGGAGCGACUUGAUCAUGCACAACACGAAAUCAAUUCUCAAAUAGCAUCUUUAAAGCAAAAAAUGGCAACAUUUGAAUAA